AUGAAGAUCAAGAUCAACAACUGGCAUGCUGUCUAUGCCUGGCAUUGGGAUGUUUCCGAGGACGAGGUUUGCGGUAUAUGUCGCGUAUCUUUCGAUGGAACCUGCCCUGCUUGCAAAUUCCCAGGCGACGAUUGUCCUUUGGUUGUUGGUGAAUGCCAACACUCGUUCCACAUGCACUGCAUACUGAAAUGGCUGGAGACUCCAACCGCAAAAGGUCUUUGUCCAAUGUGUAGACAAGCAUUUACGGUCAAAGGGGAUCAUGUGAACUUCCAGAUACCUGCUGUUCCUCGUGACGUCAACAGCGAUGCGGGCUCGAAACAUCGAAAUCGGAUCGCGAACUGCGGAUCUCUUUUGGUAAAUUUACGCUUUGCAAAUCGGAUAACUGCUGAUUCGAUAAUUGGAUCUGCUGAAGAAAUACCGAAGUGGACAACUUGGGACACCCCAGAUGGCUGGCCACUAGGUCACCAUCACCUUGCAUUACAUCGCACUUGCAUGGCAGCACAACAAGUCUGUGCUGCUCCCGUCGCUUUAAAAACAUUAAAAGAAUAG